CUAGUUAAAUAGAAUAAAACUAGUGUGAGCUGGAACUUAUAGAGUCAACAUAUGAAACAGAGACGGAGCUAAAUCUAAAUUACGUCCAUGAGAAGCUGAAUAAGUCUAAUUCUGGAAUCUGCUCCUUUUACUCUGAAACGUCCCGGAAGCAGCGGCUGUUUCUCGGGAGCUUGUGUCUGGUUUAGGUUGAGUUUACUCGGGUGGGAAUCGGUGGAUCCACCGGGAGGGAGGACAGACUCGUCUCCGGCCGCAGAUCGUGUCUCCAGCGGCGGAUACAGACGCUCCGGGUCCCGGGACGAGGGGGGACGUUUGGAUCCGGCUCAGAUCAGGAAGGUCCCGGAGAAAUGAGUCCCGCUCCGGGGGAGGAGGGGGGGGCAGCGUGUUAGUAUGAGGCGGCUGGAAGACAACAAGUACAGGAAAAACUACAGGAAGAGUUUUCACACGAAGAAGAAGGAGGAGGGGGAGGAAGAGGAGAAGAAGAAGAGGAGGAGGAGGAGGAGACGGUGUGAGAGAGUCCGGUGAUAUUUACAGAGGAAGAUGAUGAUGAAGAUGAUGAGAGGAAGAGGAAGAGGAAGAGUGGAGCUGCUGGAGAUCUGCUGUUUGCUGCUGCUGCUGCUGAAUGGGAACCACUGCAGAGACUCUCAGCAAACCGAGCACCUGUCCUCCUAUCAGCUGACUGUCCCUCGGCCAAUAGGAGGCCGGCUGAGGAGGGGCGUGGACGGACGGCCGCCCAAUCAGGUCUCUUACAUCAUCAGCGUGAGUGGAAACGAUCACGUCGUCCAUCUGGAGAGAAACGAGUUCCUGCUCCCUCCAGACUUCACCGUGUUCUCCUACAGUCAGAGCGGCUCCCUGCUCACAUCCAGGCCACCUGUUCAGAACCACUGUCACUAUCAGGGCUACGUUCAGGGCGCCGAGGGAUCCAGCGUCGCUAUGAGCGUCUGCAACGGACUCAGAGGAGUGAUACAUCUCUCUGACGGCAGCUACGGCAUCGAGCCGUUGAGCUCCGCCCCCGACCAGCACCUGGUGUACCGCCUCCAGGAUGUGACAUCACAGCCUCGUGGUUGCGGGACGCCGCACGGUUACCACGACAACAACAACAACAACACUCAGCACGCUCACGAUGACCCAGAGCAGAUCCAGCACCGACCACACAGCAGGGUGAGGAGGGCCGUCCUCCAUAAGACUCACUACGUGGAGCUGUUCCUGGUCGUCGACAACGACCGGUUCAACUACAUGAACAAGAAUGAGACGGCAGUGAGAGAAGAGAUGGUCCAUCUGGCCAACUUCAUCGACAGUAUCUACAUACAGCUCAACAUCAGGGUGGUUCUGGUCGGUCUGGAGAUCUGGGCUCAGCAGAACCUGAUCAACACAGACGGAGCAGCUGGAGAAGUUCUGAGUCGCUUCACCCAGUGGAGAGAGAAGAAUCUGGUACAACGGAGACGGCAUGACUCCGCCCAGCUGAUCCUGUUAAGAGACUUCGGUCUCAGAGGGAUGGCCUUCGAUUCCACGUUUGCUCAGGAGUCAUGAGGAGGGUUUGUGUGUCAGUUCACCAACAACAACGUGGCAUCGUUCGCCUCCAUCGUCGCUCACGAGCUCGGUCACAACCUCGGCAUGAACCACGACGACGGCCGGGGCUGCUCCUGCCCCACCUCCGCCUGCAUCAUGCACUCUGGAGCCACAGGAUCCAGAAACUUCAGCAGCUGCAGCGCUGACGACUUUGAGAAGAUGAUGUUGUCGACGGGGGGGACGUGUCUCCUGAAUGUGCCCCGGCCCGACGAGGCCUACAGCGCCCCCUACUGUGGAAACAGACUGGUGGACAUGGGCGAGGAGUGUGACUGUGGAUCACAGAAGGAGUGUGAGGAGGAUCCGUGCUGUGAGUUCCAGACCUGUAAGCUGAAGCCUGGAGCUCAGUGUGCGUUUGGAGAGUGUUGCUACAGGUGUCAGUUUCUACCCGGCGGGACCGUGUGUCGCUCCAGCACCGAUGAGUGUGACCUCCCAGAGUUCUGCAACGGGUCCUCGUCCCUCUGCCAGAGCGACGUCUUCAUCCAGAAUGGGCAGCCCUGCUGGGACCAGAAGGCCUACUGUUACAACGGGAAGUGUCAGCACUACGAUGGACAGUGUCAGGCCAUAUUUGGAUCAAAGGCAAAGACAGCUCCUGAGCUCUGUUUCAAAGACGUCAACAGUAAAGGAGAUCGCUUCGGUAACUGUGGCUACCAGACGUACGGCUUCAAGAAGUGUGAGAGCAGAAACGCCCUGUGUGGGAAGCUGCAGUGCUCCAACGUCCAGUCGGUGACGGUGUUCGGCAUCGAGCCGUCCAUCAUCAGCACCCCGAUAGGAGGGACCAAGUGUUACGGAGUGGACUUCAUGCUGGGCUCAGACGUCCCCGACCCGGGGAUGGUCAACGAGGGGACAAAGUGUGGGGACAACAAGGUCUGUAUUAACUUCGAGUGUCGCAGCGCUGACGUCCUCAACUACGACUGUGACGUGGACAAGAAAUGUCACGGACACGGGGUGUGUAACAGCAACAAGAACUGUCACUGUGAGGACGGAUGGGCGCCACCGUUCUGCGAGGUCAAAGGUUACGGAGGCAGCGUGGACAGUGGACCCACGUGGAACGACAAGGACACGUCCCUCAGAGACGGCCUCCUCGUCCUCUUCUUCUUCGUCCUCCCUCUUCUGGCUCUGGGGACGUUUGUUUUCCUGCGCAGGAACGAGCUGCUGAGACGGGUGGGGCUGAGUCGGAGGAAGAGGACACAGGGACACCAGGCUGAUGAUGGAGCUGCAUCCAAACCGAGCCGAGGACCGACUCCCAGAGCUCAGCCUCCUCCCGUUGCCAGGGGCAACGCCAGCAGCAUCGUCAGGGACGGGCACCACGCUCAGCUGCUGCCACCACAGGAGGUGGUGGAGACCAACAGGUCAACGUCGUCCCACAUUCUGAGGCCUCCUCCUCCUCCUCUGAAGCCCAAACCUUCUGCUGCGUCCCAGCCCCUGGUGCCUCUAAGACCCGCCCCCGCUCCCCCUGUUUAACCAAUCAGAGGGCUUCCGAUUACACGCCUCCUCCUUUUCUUCUUCUUCUUCUUCUUCUUCACUUCCUCUCCCUCCUGUCCACGCUCAGUCUCCGCCCACUCAGAGACGGUUAACGCCCACACGGCGGACGCUCGUGCUGCGAACUGGACCGGUACACCAGUGCAGACUCGGGCCGUGGCGGGACUGGACCCAAGCUACAUGACGUCACCGCUAACGUCCUCCGCGCUCUUUCUCUCCUUCAUGUCAAACCGUCAGGUAUUACGUCAUCUGCUCUGUGACCAAACUGGCCAAUCAGAGCUCACCAGCCACUGUCACAUGACUCAGACAAACACAGUUAUUCUAUGUAUCAUCAGCAUCAGCUGUUCCGUGUGCUAGGUAGCUAACCAGUGAGCUAGCUAGUACUGGUGUGAUACUGUUAGAUAACAUACGGGGCCAGUAUCACUGAUACCGAUGCAUCAUCAGUCUGAGUCUGAACGAACCUUCGAGACCUUCAAGGGUUUUUGUGAUUAAUCUGUUAAAAUCCAGAACAAGUCAAUAGAAAAUAUUUUAUUCCCACAUUAAAAGUGUUUGAUCAGAAACUACAAAUAUAAAACUAAAAAUGAAGAAAGUGUCACAAACAUUUAGUAACAUUUAAAGGAAUUAGCCACUGGUUAGCUUGCUAACUGUUAGCCUGGGUGACCUGUAGAUGCUAACAAGAAGCUGAACCUCAGCUUCCCUCUGAUUGGCUGGUUUGUAGUCUCAGUGGGCGGGGCUUGUUUCUUCCUGUCUUUUGUGUCUCUGAAUGAAUGAAAGCACUGGUGCGUCUGAUUGCACUUCCCCUCUGCUCUGCACUGUCAUAGGAAUGGAACGCACCCCUCCCUCCCUGAGAGCGGUGCGUUCGCUUCCCACCAAACUCUCUGGAAUUAAAUUUCACGGAAUGCAA